UUCGAGUUAAGUAAAAAGUUAAGAAUCCCUAAGAGACACCUCUGUUUGCUGCUCUCGGUGUUCGUCUCAUCGCCGCUGCCACCAUUUGGGGGGAAAGGAAUCCCUCUCAAACUCCAAUAAGAACUCAGGUAUUCUAUUUGUUUAUAUAUUUAUUAUUAUCACUCUCAUUAUUCAGAAGCCACAAGCGAGAGGCUUCCGGGAUUUUUGGUGGUUAUUCUUCAAAUAUUUGGUGUGCAGUCUCAAGAUACUAUCUCCACAAACUUGGUAUUUACAUGAGACUUAUGGAGGUUUCACAAGCUUCUCCUGACCAAUCUAAGAAACGCGAAUGCCAGAAAUCGGAUGAGCCGGCGGCGGUGCUUGUUUCGCUAGGUCCUAUCACUCCCGAUUCCGCCAGAGACAACGGGGAUUUCCCAGUUGAUUUCAAAUCCCAAAUCACAUUGCUUAACAAUAAAGUGGCUUCGUUUGAUUCUAAAUGCGACAGAGAUGAGGACCCAUUGGUUUGUAUCCUCGAUGGCAGCCCUCGGACGCCCAAGGAUGAUGUGUUCGACCCAUUUGCGCCUGGCCCUGACGACUUGGCCUUGGCUCCCCCCUGCAAUAAGUACCUCCAUGUGUCCAAGGGCAUUAUUGCACGCCGCCUCCAUUUUGAUUUUUCUUCCAUAGGAGCUGUGGAGGAGGAAGCUGGUGCCCAGUCCCUUUCGGAUGAAGAGAUGUUAGAAUCGGUUUAUGAGAAUCUCUUGCAAGUUAUAAUCUCAAAACAGACCGAGGGUCUUCUCUCUGGGAUUUCACAUGUAGAUUGCGAUUCUGAUGGGUGUAGAACACCUCCGUCUGCGCCACGUUUAAGUGGAGUUGCUGAUACUUGUCCUGGGGCUCCUAUGAAGCCCACUGGGAAACCAAGGAACAUUGAUUUGGGGUUAUGCAGAAAGCUUGAUUUCUGACUUCAAUGGCCUCUGGUUACUGGUUGGAUUAUAUAUGACACAGCACUGGUAACUUAUCUUUCAUAGAUGUAUAAUGUGCUAGUUCUUAAAGAAAGAAUAUGUUUGAAUAGGAAAUAACUGUCUGACUGAGUUUGGACUGAAGUAGUCUCAUUGUAUAGCCAUUUCUUACAUUGAUUUUAUGUUAGAAUCACCCAAAAUCUUCUGCUCUUCUUCUGCCAAACAUGAUGUCUGCAUCCUAUCCUAUCUGUAACAUUUCUGUUUCUCAGAUAACUACAUGUCAUGGUGAAGAUUCAUUAUUAAAAUGCCAGAUUUAGAUUUUGAA